AUGAGUCUUUCAAAAAGAGGGAUCACUGCUAGUUAUGUUGAUGCUGACUCGUCCAUUGAAGAGAAAGAUGAUGUUGCUGCUGGAAAGUUCCAACUUGUCUUCAUGAGUCCAGAGUUAUUAGUAUGGAAAUGGAGGGCAUUGCUGACUAGUUCUGUGUAUUGCAAACAUCUUGUAGGUAUUGUAAUAGAUGAAGCUCAUUGUGUUGUUCAAUGGGGAUUGACUUUUCGAGAAGCAUUUUCUCAACUUGGUGAACUACGAAGUGUGAUGAAGUGUAACUUAAAUAUAAUGGCAUUGACUGCUACUGUCACAAAAGCAAUGAGGACAAAUAUUGAACGUCUUCUUGGCAUGAUCAAUCCAACAAGAAUAAUUCGCUCUCCAGAUAAAGAUAAUUUAAGAUUAUCUUGCAUUGAUGUAAAAGGUAGUAUCAGUACUACAAUGGAUAUUAUUCUCAAUGAAAUACAAAUGAAACGCACAUUGUUGCCUAAGAUUAUUAUCUUCUGCAAGAAUACUUUUGAUUGUGCCAAACUAUAUACAUACUUCGAGAUGAGUAUGGGACCCAACUUUACAGAGCCACGAGGAGCAUCUCACUCUAUUCAGGAAUGCCGUCCAAUAGAUAUGUACUUUAAAGGUACAGAAACAUUAGUGAAGAAUAAAAUUGUUGAAAAUUUUACAAAGCCUUCUUCUUGCCUAAGAAUGGUUAUUGCCACAGUGGCAUUUGGGAUGGGUUUAGACUGUCCUCAUAUUCGUCUAGUUUUGCUUUAUGGCAUACCAUCUGAUGUUGAAACUUACAUACAAGAGGUUUGUAGGGCAGGUAGAGAUCAUCAAGAUUGUUAUGCUGUGGCAUUAUACCCAAGAAAGCUGCUGUCUGUGUGUUCAGAUACAAUGGUUUCAUUUUCUGAGACUAAAGAAAAACUGCAGAAGAGAUGCUGUGUUUUCUGA